AGAGAAAUCGGAGGAGUUACUCCUUUUGCAGGAAACAAACAAAGCAUCACAGCCCAUUAUUUUUCUAUUAAUGAGCCCUGACCUCCUUGCCGAUCAGGAUCUUUGACACAGCCCAUAGCUUUCCCAUCCGACGCCCCUUCCCCCUUCCCCCUUUUCUUCUUCUUUGGUCGCCGCGCCAGGGGAGGCCAGACAACCUUGCCCGCUAACCACCGGAGCAAGACCACCUCACUCUACUGGCCACCCUUGCUGCCACCUUCCAGCCCGCGUCGUGCACGGAUUUUGCGGCUGGUCUCUUGCGCGCUCGCGCGCCCAAACCCUAGCCGCCACCAGCGGCAGCAAGAUCUAAUGGUACGGGAAUCGAAUCCUGCUCUGCUACCCCAUGCGCUGCUCAAUCCUCCUCGCAGAUUUUUGUUCGAGCUAGCUAGCUAGCACACAAGGGCGGUGCCUUGCUAUUCUGUUCUGCUAUGAUCCCUCUUUUUUCUCUCCUUGGCGCUUGUUUAACUGUAGAUAGAUUGGUGGCGUCGACUGCAUUAUGGCUACCUCAGUAUUUGGUCAAUAAGCUAUGUGGUUGUGUAUAACAGGGUCAAGCAAUAAGUUUCUUAGCUAUUGAUAGUUAAUAUUUGCUAUUUCUGGAACUUGAUUUGCCAACUUGGCAUGUCUUGCUCUAGUUAAGUAGUUACUUGCUACGAUUAGUCGAUUUCUAGUUAAACUCUGAUUUUCAGUGAUUUCUAGAAAACUAGUCAUGUGCAGUAAGGCUAAGGCAUGAUUAAGGAUAUUGAGUGUCUUGUUCAGAGAAGAUGUACAAUCAUACAAGCUCUUCAGUAAAUUUUUCUUUAUAUAGACUAACCAUGUAAUUGAUCUGCAAAGUCAGCAGAUAGCCCCAGAGUAAUAUGGGGAGUUACUCUUUUAGCAGGAACAAAAACACUGCCCAUAUUGCCAGUGAGGAUCUUUGACAAAUCCCUGUCAAUCCGAAGUCCUGAAUUAGGGGAUUGUAUUCCCCAUUCUCACACCUGAACCACAUUCAGUCGGAUCCUUAUGUGUUAUCUAUGUGAUUAACUCUUAAGGUGCUUUGUUAGGUUUGUUGAGCAUUGCUCUGUUAUGGGGAAUUGUAGAGUUGAUGUUCGGUUAGUUGUUUUAGCAUUUUUGAAAUGUUUAAAAGGGGAUGUGUAACUUUUUAUUGUUCUCUUUCCAUUAGGGGAAGAAGAUUUGUUCUUAAACUGUAUAUGCCAAUUUUGCUUUCUUUCUGCUAUUUGCUACUUCCUCCGUCCAGCAAUAUAAGAUGUUAUUUCAUCCAAUAUAGGAGGUUGUAUCUUAUAUUAUGGGACGGAGGGAGUACAUGUUACAUGAUGCUAAACGAUUUUAGUUAUUUAUUACUCCCCCUAAGAACUUAGCAUUGCUCUGCUUGAUGCAUGCCCAACCAACCAGCCCUUGAUUCUUGGACUCUGCACUUCUGCUGGGAGCUCAAGUUACUCGAGAGUUCAGAAGUUACUAACCUAGAACAAUACUACCCAUGCUUGUGAGUAAAAAGAGAAAGGCUUGCUGAAUUGAAGUAAAGACAUGUCCAAAUCUACACCUGUUAAAGCAAGCAAGAAUGUUGAAUUGAAGAAACAAUCUGCAGCCGUCUUACCAAUAGCAAAUGGCCAUGGUAGUAAGAAGGAAGCGGUUAAUGGAGAGGAUACUGGCCAUGAUGUCAAAUGCACUAGCACUUGGAUCUGUAGAAAUUUGGCCUGCAAAGCUGUUAUAACAUCUGAAGAUUCUUUCUGCAAGAGGUGCUCAUGUUGUAUUUGCCAUCAGUUUGAUGACAAUAAGGAUCCUAGUCUAUGGUUGGUUUGUGCAUCUGAAAAUGAUGACAAACAGUGUUGUGGUUCUUCUUGCCAUAUUGAGUGUGCCUUCCGACACAAGAGGGUGGGAUGCUUUGAUAUAGGGAAAAUUAUUCAUCUUGAUGGGAGUUAUUCUUGUGCUUCAUGUGGGAAGGUUUCUGGAAUACUAAGUUAUUGGAGAAGGCAACUAGUGGUUGCAAAAGAGGCUCGUCGAGUAGAUAUUCUCUGCCAUCGCAUUUAUGUCAGUUAUCGGCUAUUGAAGGGGACGAGCUGUCAUAAAGAAUUGCAUGACAUUAUUGAAAAUGCAAAAGCAAAACUCGAAUGUGAGGUUGGUCCACUUGAUGGAAUGUCGGCAAAGAUGGCACGUGGUAUUGUAAGCAGGUUGUCUGGUGGUAGUGAUAUACUGAAACUUUGCUCUCUAGCAAUUCAAAGAGCUGAUGAGUGGUUGAGUUCUCCAGAUUUGCAUCUUCGAGAUUCAUUACCUGCUGCGUGCAGAUUCAGAUUUGAAGACAUUGCAUCUUCUUCCCUUGUUAUCAUCUUAAAGGAAACUAAAGUAGCAUCAUCGGACACCAUCAAAGGUUAUAAGCUAUGGCACUGGAAGAGCAGAGAGCAACCAAACAUGGAUGAGCCUGUAAUUUUGUCGAAAGAUCAACGAAAAAUACUUGUUUAUAACCUUGCUACAUGCACAGAGUAUUCCUUUAGAGUUAUAUCAUUCACAGAUGAUGGGAUCCUUGGGCAUUCUGAAGCUAAAUGUUAUACUGGGAGCAACGAGCUACUUACCAAUCGUGCGACGCAGAAUGCAAUGGCUAUAUGCCUGCAGAAGCAGAGAAGAGAUGGGAACCAGGCUUCUAAGUCCAGUGGAUUCAGGAUCCGAGAUGUUGGAAGGAUCUUGCGUCGAGCUUGGGCUGAAGAAGGCUAUUUUGAGGAUGUGUAUGAAGGUUCUUGUGACAGAAGUGCCACAGAAGCAGAGCAACAAGAAGACAGUGAACAGGGUCAUAUGUUAUCUGGUGCUUGUCGCAGGCUUCAGUUCAAUACAUUUUCUGUUCCUGACCUAAAUGUCGAGGCGCCCAUGCCCAUGGACAUAGACUCUUCCCCUGACAAGUGCCAUGAUUUAAAUAACGGACUUCUAAAAUCAAAUGGCAGUGGUGGCUCUGAGGCUUGUGCAGCAGCCAGGAGUGCGGAACUGCCUGCUGUUGAAUCUCGUCCAGGGGGCAAGGCAAAGCAACGCCAUGAUGUGCAUAAUGCAAGCUGUGAGCAGGAUGGAGUUUUGGCCAUCUGCCGCCAAAAACAACUUCAGAAAAGACCUACAGAGUUGGAUGAGGACUACGAGCACUGCGUGAAGGUGAUACGGUCGUUGGAGUGCGAGGGACACAUAGAGACUGAUUUCCGAAUGAAGUUUUUGACUUGGCUGAGUCUAAGGUCGACGGAGAAUGAACAUAGGGUCGUCAGCACAUUCAUCAAAACACUAAAUAAGGAACCAAGUUGCCUGGCUGAGCAGCUUGUUGAUUCUUUUGGAGAAAUUGUAAACUGCAAGAGACCGAAAACAGGUCUCUGCAAUGAGCUAUGCCAUUUGGACAAAAGAUAAACUCGAGAUUUCACUAACUCAUUGAUAAUCUACAGUUUUCAGAUCAAAUUCAGUGAAAUCUGAUUGCUUUUGAUCGCCCGGAAUGAGAAUGCUCGUUCAGUUCAUUCCAUACCAGAUCAGAACGUGCACAAUUUUCAUACAUCAACAUUGCCAUUCCGAGCCUGUGGAAAUAGGAUUUUUGGUUUACUUAGAAAUUCCUAUCUUCAUAAUUCUACUUAGGAAAAUUAUUUUAGGGAGAAAAUAGAUUGCAUUGGAAUAUUCCCUUUCCACAAAGAAAUAGUGGAAAUAAUUUCCUCUUCUUUUCUGUUUAGUACUUUAGUUUUCUGUCAGAGUACUGGAACAAUCUUAUAUGAUGUCAUGUAUGGCUUACAUCUGCU